UGAUGGAAAAUUCUGGUAAAAGGGUUUUGCUAACCUCUAAUGGGGAUGAUGUUUCUGUUAACAUUGCUUACAAUUUGGCUAAACAAGGCUGCAGGUUUGAAUUUAUUCUGUGUUUUGCAAUAAUUUAUAUUGUAAAUGCAUGUUUUUGUAUGUUCUGUUCAAUUUUAAAACUUAUUUAUUUAUUUAUAAUUUUUUUUUAAUUUUUUUUUUUUCAUGUUUUGAUCUAAUUUGAAUGUAGAUUAUUGUAAUGUUCAAUGUUAGUUCUCUGAAGUUUAAGCUUGGGAUUGAUUUCUCAUGUUCCCUUUAUCUCAUGGUUUUGUUUAAUGGGUUUGGUUUGAUAUGAUUUUCGAGUUUGAGUUAGAGUUUGAGUUUUCGAGGUGAGUUUGCGUACAUCUUGAACCUAUGCCAUCCUAUAAAAGCCUCACAAUCUGUUGAUGCCUUGAUAGGAUUAUUUGAGUUUAUAUGAUUAAGCUAUAGAUUUGACUAGUUGAUUUUGUUUGAAACAAAAUUAGCUUACUUUAUUGGCUAUAAGAGUAAGGUGUUUUUUUUUUUUUUUUUUUUUUUUUUUUUUUUUUUUUUUUUUUUUUUUUUAGUGUAAAAGGAAUGUGUAACUUUUGUCCUCUAAGGGCUCUGACAUUUUGUUUAGAUUAGUUUGUUUCUUAGCAGGAAUGUGUAACUUUUGUUUUAUGUGACUUUUUAGAUUGUAUUUUAAGCAGAAUAAGUUUGCCUUUUGUUGGUAUUUGAUGUAAACAAACUAUGAUUAUGUAGUUUUAGGAUGAGCCUCCACCCAUUAGUUAGCCAUAGAAUCUGUAUGGAUAAGUGGUGUUGUUUCGAAAGGCGUUUUAGGCUGGCUUGUUGCUCGUAAGGAAUCUAUACUUAUGUUAAUUUAUAUGUACUCAGAAAGUCAGAAGUGGACAAGAUAUAUGCUUAAAGGGGGUGUACAUUUCAAAAUUUUGGGUUUUCCUUCCAAUCCUUUAUAGAAGGAAAAUGAAGCUAGUUAAUUCUCCUCCCUUCCAUUUUCCUUCCCCAUUUGUAUCCAAAUAUGUCCUGAACUGGAUACAUGCUUUCAUGGACUUUGUAAUUUUGUAUUGCUAGAAGUGUCUCAGCCUAUCAACGCUGGUUUUAAUGGGAGAUGAAGGCUGUCUGCGAAAUAUCGGUGAUAGGAUAGCUGAUUCUAUAAAGGAUAAAAAUGCAAUUGAAGUCGUAGGAUUGGAUAUGGAGGAUGAAAGAGAGGCGGUCUUUCACGGUGCUGUGGAGAAGGCGUGCAAUUUCCUUGGAAAAUUGGAUGCCUUUGUGAAUUGUUAUGCUUAUGAAGGCAAAAUGCAAGACCCUUUAAUGAUGGCCGAAGAUGAUUUCAAGAAAACCUUAAAAGUAAAUUUUAUGGCAGUCUGGUUCUUAGUAAAAACCGUUGGAAUUAAAAUGCGCGACCAGAGAACAGGGGGAUCCAUUGUACUUUUGACUUCAAUAAUUGGUGCUGAGAGAGGAUUAUACAAGGGAGCUGCUGCUUAUGGCUCAUGUUUGGCUGGAGUUAAUCAAUUAGUGAGGAUUAUGGCAAUGGAGAUAGGGACACACCAGAUCAGAGUUAAUGGAAUUUCCCGUGGCUUGCACAUCCAAGAUGAGUACCCAACUUCAGUGGGGAAAGAGCGUGCGGAGAAGUUGGUGAAAGAUGCAGCACCUCUGCACAGAUGGCUAGAUCCUAAGAAGGAUUUGGCUUCAACAGUUAGUUAUCUAAUAAGCGAUGGCUCACGAUAUAUGACUGGGACUACAGUAUUUGUCGAUGGAGGUCAGUCUCUGACUAGGCCUCGGAUGCGAUCUUAUAUGUGAGUCUGCUAGCUGAAAUGGCAAGCUAGUCUACUUGGAGUCAAAAUCUACAAUUGCUGAAUAUCAUUUUAUCAUCACAGUUAGAUACAACCUUUCACUAUAGGAGGUAUACUUAUAGGAGGUUUAAUUGUUACUGUAUUUGUCAACUCAUUAUCUUUUUUGAUGUAAAAAAAAAGUUGCCAUUAAUAUAAUAUAAAUGAUCAAGUUAAUCAUCCAGCUUGUUGGGCCCUGGUUUUUGAGUAGGUGCCAUUUAUAUCAUUUAGAAAAUUUGCUGAUCGCUGAUGCAACUUUGAAGAAGCAAUGUAUGGCUUGGAAUUGGAAAGGCAGCAUUAUAUUUUAAAACAUUUAUCUA